AUGAUAUUUUUGGGGGUGGAGGUGAUUUUCAUGUCCAAGGGGUCCCUGAGCCAAGGGGGAUUUUGGAGACCCGGUCCUGGUGGAAGUUUUAAGGUUCCCAGACCAGGGUGGACUGACUACAUCCCGCUGGGCUGGAGAAUGCCGGGCACGCGGUUCAUUGCCUUCAAGGUGCCCCUGAAGAAGAGUUUUGAUCGGAACCUUCUCCCAGAGGAGAGAUUUUCCCCUCAUGACCUCAUUAGGAAAGUCAAGGAGCAGAAGGAGGAACUGGGGCUGAUCAUCGACCUGACAUACACCACCCGCUACUACGGGCCUGAGGAGCUGCCACCCACACUCUGCUACUCAAAGAUCCUGACCAUGGGACACGAAAUUCCAAACAAAGAGACCAUUUUUAGAUUCAAGUAUGUUGUAAAAAAGUUUUUGAGAGACAACAAAGACAAUGAUAAACUCAUCGGGGUGCAUUGCACACAUGGCUUGAACAGAACUGGCUACUUAGUUUGUAGGUACCUGAUUGAUGUUGAAGGCAUGGAGCCAAAUACUGCCAUAGAAUUGUUUAACAAGUCUCGAGGGCAUCCCAUAGAGAGAACCAACUACAUCCAGGAUCUUCAGAAGAGAGCCUGGAAAAGGAGCUGUGAACUGAAGAMUUUUGGCUCUGAUCUCUUCAGGAAAAAAGGCAGUGCCACAGCAAAGCCCCAAAAGCAGCUGGUCAAACACCCCCAGCAUUGCUCGACCCAGUCAUCCCUGGUGGUGCCCAGGAACCUUGAUGGUGUCAAGAAGAAGCAGCAGCCUGGCUCCAAGKCUCAGGCACAGCCCCAGCAGCUGGGACAGAGGUAUGGGGCCCUGGAGCAGAAGCUGCAGAAGAAGCAGAGGCAGCUGCAGCAGAGGCAACUGGAGCAGAGGCAGCAGAGGGAGCUGGAGCAGUGGCAGUUGGAGCAGAGGCAGUUGGAGCAGAAGAAGCUGAAGAAGCUGCAGCAGAGGGAGCUGGAGCAGAGGGAGCUGGAGCAGCUGCAGCAGAGGGAGCCGUGCAGUUUGGCCCCAAGGAACUGUUGGGUUUCACCACCCACCAAGAAGAAGCACAAGGGACUGUUCCCCCCACAGAACCCCCAUCCCUCUCCACCCCAGGAGYCCACACCCGUGAGGAAACGCCGGCGCCGGCACAAGAAACACAAACUGAUGGAGGAGGAAAUGUCCUGACAGCACAUGGAAUAUUGUUCACAAGGAAAGCCCUACCAAGGCCCCAUCCCCGCCCCACGGGAGCUCUGGGAUGGGUCUCCCUUGGCUGGAAAGAGUGGCUGUAACUCCUUCAGGAACUGCCAGUCCAGGUGUGAAGCAGCUUWACAGGGCUAUUUUUUAAUUUUCUGUUUUCUCUUGCUCCGCACACCAAUGCUUUUACAAGAAAUUUUUUAAUCCAAUGCUGUACAGARUCUUAUCCAUGAGGGAUGCAGUGAAUAAAUGUGGACUCAACCAGA